AUGCUACACAACAUCUCGGAACUUCAGACUGCCUUGUCUUCAUCCCUCCUCUCGCAACUCGCUAUUGGCAUCGUUCUACUGUUCGUCGCAUGGCUGGUUUAUCGACGCUUCGGCGCCGUUGAGCAGACACCUGUCCCUCCCGUGCAGGGUGCCCACAUCGCGGCCUCAACGACUGCGCUGGACACGCUAACGUCCACGGCGCAAGACCAUGCUCUCCCGCCAGUGGAACACAUCCACGCCGGGGCCGCCGAGCAGCACUCGCACGUCUGGCUGAAGAAGUACAUCCCGGACACGGUGCUCGACGAGUACGAGAACCGGCACCACAUGGGAAACUACGUGAUCGACCGGGUGACGGGGGAGAAGACCUUCGAGCAGAUGAGCAUCUACGUGCGGCUCGGGAUGCAUCUGCUGUACUACGGCUCGAGACAGGCGCAGCUGCUGCACGUCAAGCGGGUGCAAGAUGUCCUCCGGGAGCAGAGCGUCAAGAUGGGCCAGAUGUACGACUCGCCGGAAAGCAGAGCGCAUAUCCGGCCGUUCUUGGACAGUUUCCAGCUCUGGGACAGCAUGCGGGAGAUGAGGAAGCCGGACCCGGAUCACUACGAGACCUUUAACGAGUUCUUUGCCCGUGAAAUCCGCCCAGAAGCACGACCCGUGCACGAGCCGGAGAACGAGCUCGUCACGUCGUCGCCGGCCGAUUGUCGCUUGACGGCUUUUCCCACCGUCGACCUCGCGACCAAGUACUGGAUCAAGGGAUUUGGGUUCACGCUCGAGAGACUCCUCGGUGAUGCGCAGCUCGCGGAGUACUUUGAUGGUGGCAGUCUCGUGAUCGCGAGGCUUGCUCCGCAGGACUACCACCGUUGGCACGCGCCAAUCACGGGGACGGUCGAGUAUGUCAAGAAGAUCCCCGGCACGUAUUACACGGUCAAUCCGCAGGCGAUCAGCCAGGAGGGCACCUUGAACGUGUUUGCGGAGAACCGCAGGGACGUCAUGGUCAUGCACCGGCCCGUCACAGGGAACAAGGUCGCCGUUGUAGCGGUCGGGGCAAUGCUGGUGGGGAGCAUCAAGUGGAACCCUGGCAUGGAGGAACCGGGCACGACCAUGAAACGGGGCGACUGUCAGGGCGCGUUCCAGUACGGAGGCAGCACAGUCAUCGUGGUAUAUCCCAAAGGUGAGGUCGUGCUGGAUGAAGAUCUGGUCCGGAACAGCUGCGACCAUCAGUGCGAGACGAUCGUGAAGGUCGGGUGGAGGGUUGGAGCCAAACACUAG